UCCCUCAAAAACGUUUUUCCUCCAUUUUCUUUUCAGUUUUCUUCUGCAACUUCCCCUAAUCUUCUGCAAAAUUGAGUUUCUUCUGAUAUCCCAGAGAUCUUGUUGAAUUCUGGGUGUCAUGGAUAUUCCUUUACCGAUUAAUAAAUUAGCUCUGGGUUUGGUUGAUCAUAAUUCCAAGGACAAGAUAUAUGUAGUUCUAGUGGCUACGGGAAGUUUCAAUCCUCCUACUUUUAUGCAUUUACGCCUCUUUGAGCUGGCAAGAGAUGCGCUAAAUUCGGAAGGCCUCUAUGUUAUUGGAGGUUAUAUGUCGCCGGUUAAUGACGCAUACAAGAAGAGGGGCCUUAUAUCGGCAGAACACCGAAUACGAUUGUGUCAGCUUGCCUGCGAAAAUUCCGAUUUGAUCAUGGUUGAUCCAUGGGAGGCACGACAAAGUUCCUAUCAACGCACUUUAAACGUUUUGUCUAGAAUCAAAAAUUUCCUAUGUGAGGGCAACCUGGUACCCAGAGAAUCCCUUAGGGUCAUGGUGGUUUGCGGUUCCGAUCUCCUCCAAUCUUUUUCCAUUCCUGGAUUUUGGAUUCCUGAGCAGGUCAGGACCAUAUGCAGCGAGUAUGGUGUGGUUUGCAUUCAAAGAGAAGGACAAGAUAUCGAGAAAAUUAUCUCGGAUAAUCCGAUCUUGAAUGAGAACCAGGGUAACAUAAGAAUUGUGGAUGAACUCGUACCAAACCAAAUAAGCUCAACAAGAGUGAGGGAUUGCAUUUCAAGAGGGUUGUCAAUAAAAUAUCUGACUGCGGAUGAAGUGAUUGAUUAUAUUAAAGAAAAUCAUUUGUACUUGAACUCAAACGACAAGUGAUGCUCACCUCUACUCUUAGGCAAUGGAUUUUUUUUUUUUUUUUAAGGCUUUAACAAGAAAAAUAAAAUUAUUCCAAAGAGAAUUAUUGUAUCCAUUAUCCCUGUUUUUUUUCUUUAUUAUUAUUAUCAUGUAAUAAAAAUGGAAGAUUUAUUUCA